AUGAGGGUUCGCCACUCAGCAACAACAGAGAAUGUCAAGAUGGGCAAGCACGCUCCUGAUAAAGAAUUCCAGAGCCAGGCUCAAACUUCGGUUGUCCUUCCUCCAGCCGGAAAUGACGGCAGGACGCGAACCCCCCAGAUCGCUUCUCCACCGAAGGAAGCAAGACCAGACCAGCCCUCCACAACCCCGGUGAGUAUAGGUCAGACCAGAAGUGCAUCAUUGGACCAUUAUUGGGUCCUGAAUGGCGAAAGGAGGAGAAGCAAGCCAACCGUCCGCGAGGGUCAUGUCGACCCCGGAAGUGGUGGGCGCGAGGCUCCACCUGAUACUAAGGAUGCAUGA